CCAGGGGUUGGUAUCGAUCAUCCCCCUCGCAAGUGAGGGAGCUUUUCAUAUAUAAGGCAGCCUCCCCGGGGACACCGGCGAUAGUCUGGAUCCCGCGAGUUUCCCGUGCGGACAGCCCCGUGCGAGCGAGCGAUCGGCCGGUCGAUCGGUCGGUCGCGGUGAGAUCGAUCGAGGAAGAGAUCCGGAGAAUCGACAUCUUGCCGCGAGAUCCCCGACGUAGAUCUCUCGACAGGACUGGGCAGGAUUCUCUGGCUUUUUCCGCGGAGGGAAAAAAAGAGGAGGAAAAAGCGGAGAGACGGAACGGAGGAGUUGAGCCGCGCGCUCAGUGGGGUUGCUCGUGGACUCGUGGCGCGUAAAUCUCGCGAGGGUGCUGACGACGGAUGAGAUCGUGAGAGCCGCGCGCGUUAUGGCAAAUCACCAUCCGGCGUACGACUUCGAGGACAGAGGCCAGAGGAUUCGCCAUCGGGUCGGCACCGCGUCGAGACCGGCGGACUCCACCGUGGCUUGCACCAGCACACAAUAUUAUGUGGGUCCCAGCAGUGACAUUAGCGAGGAGGAUUUGGCGGAAUUGCCAUCAUGCGUUUACGCGGGCAGGUCGACGCAACACGUCGCGCACACCUCACCACAUACGCACUCUCCCUUACAUUACCAUAUGCCAGUUUCAACACCAGAUCAUAAUGACACAGAGAUAAACGGCGUGGAGGAGGGUUAUUAUCCAAACGGUAGCCCCUACAGAAUCCAACGACACGCCGCCAACAUUCGUGAGAGAAAACGCAUGCUCAGCAUCAACUCGGCUUUCGACGAGCUCCGGGUCCAUGUGCCGACGUUCCCUUACGAGAAAAGACUGUCGAAGAUCGACACCCUACGUCUGGCCAUCGCGUACAUCGCGCUACUACGCGAGGUCCUGGCGGCCAGACUAGACCCUUUGACGUACGUCGAGAGGUGCCUUAGGGGUGAGAUAAACGGCGAACGCGCCGAGUGGAACACAAGUGAUCUUACGGCGCGCUUGUCCUGGAUAAACUGGGAGAACCUGGGGGUGAAUCCAAACCGGCGAUCAGUGCUGACCACCCUCGCGUUGACAACCGACAAUAUGAAUUGAGCAUCCGCGACGAGACGCUCGCGCGAGUCACGCAGCGAUUCCUCUUUUCUUUGUAAAUACUUUCACGCUGGGAUAGAGAGGGAGAGAAACGGAAAAAUAGAGCGAGAAAGAAAGAGGGAGAGAUAAAGGAGUGCUAAGGACUUAUUGGCAGUUUUGGUUUCAAUUCACGUGCAAUACGAGAGCAUUGUAUUCGAUAUCUACGUGUAAAAGGACACUAGUUAGUACAAUUUAGUAUUUGCUUUGGAAUAAAAUCGAUGCUGUUCGAGA